GAGACACAAUCGAGCGUCGUCUGCAGGCGAGACUAAGAUGGCGAGCAACAUGGCGUCCACUGCCGUCGUGAGCGGCUCGACAUCGACGUACGCGCUGCCUCGGGAGCUCAAGGAGGAGCUGAUGCGCAAGAAGCGGCGCGAGAGAGAGCUGCAACUGCAACGUCAAGCACGCGAGGAGAGCGAACGACGGGAGCGCGCCCUGGAGGCGGAGCGAGCUUUUCGGGCAUGGCUGGCUAAGAAACGAAGAGAAGAAAGCUUGACGCGAACCGACAGCGUGUCCAGUAGAUAUGAUGAUUCGUCGCAGAGCGAAUCGUCGCGUGCCACGGACACACAUGGGCGUCGCGCCGCGUCCUCGGGCGCUUUCGAGGCGUGGCUACGCCGCAAGCAGCGGCAGCAGCGCGAGGAAGAGCUACGGCGCACGCUACGGGAGCUCGACCUAGCGGCUACGGAGAAGCCCCGCCGGUCGCGACAAGAGGCGCAGCAGGUGUACCUCGCAUGGCUGGAGCGCAAGUACGAAGAAGAGCGCCAGCGUCGCCUGGCGGCUUGGGCAGAACGUCGGGGAGGCCGCGAGGCAGCGCUGUCGGCGUGUUCCCUGCGGAUCCUCGAGCGAUACCUUCGCAGCGACGAGUUCAACCGAUACCCGGAGCUGGUGGUCUAGAGAGGCUUUCCAGUGGUCGACAGCUGCUCAACUUUCCAGCGUGGAACCACAAAAAGCAACGCGUGAACUCUUUGUGGCAUUGCGACGCCGUGAACCCAGCAAAUCUAGGAGGCCACGUAGUUUAUGCAUGAUGUCCCAAAGAUAUAUGCAGUUUGGAUGGUGUGUUUUCCGCACGAGUGUCUGGCUGUGUGUGCGUGCAUUACUAAGGCUGCCUUUUGUCGCAGUUCUAGUUGGGCUACCUAAUAAUCAAAAAGUGGCAGCCUGACAAAUGAUUAAGCAAAGAGUGGUGCUUGAAUUAUACUCAAAGAUGUUUCUCCUAAUCCUCAGUGGUUAAUUAUGGUGCAAUAAAUAUUGUUUAUACAAAGUUA